AUGACUUUUGAAUUGAAGACCGGUAUUCUCGAUCGAGUGGACGGAUCCGCCGAGCUAACCAUAGGAAACACCAAGUUAAUAGUAUCGGUGACGGGACCAAUAGAAGCCAAAAUAAAACAAGAAUUACCAACUUUGGCAAGUUUAGAAAUAAUUAUUAGACCAUCGAUUGGAGUUUCCAGUACACGAGAGAAAUUCAUAGAGGACAAGUUAAGAAGUAUAUUGCAAGACGUUAUAAUAAGGUACAAGUAUCCAAGACAGUUAAUUCAAGUUGUGGUACAAUUUUUAAUAACUGAUUCAAGUAAUCAACAAUUAAUUGGUAAAAGUGGACAUAAUUUUGAUUAUACUGGGAAUGAAUUGAAUGCAGCCAUCAACGGAAGUUAUUUUGCGCUUAUUGAUGCGAAUAUAGAGAUGUAUAGUUCAUUUGCAUCUGCCUUGGUUAGUAUUGAUGAAGAUCAAGAGGUUAUUAAGAAUCCAAAUUUGACGAAAUUAAUUGAAGGUAAAUCCAGUCAUUUAGUUUGCUUUAAUAUUAAAGACGGUAAAUCAAGUAAAAUCAUGUUUUUAGAAAGUUAUGGAGAUUUCAAACAAGAACAAUUGAUUAAGAUUCUUGAUAUAACAUCCAAAGAAUGUGAAUUUUUACAUAACAAAUAUCAAAGAAAGUUUAUAAACGAUAAGAUCAAACAAGAUUUUAUCUGGACUUGUUAA